CCCAAGAUACAGUUGCUCUUCCCUCUAUAUUUUUCAUAUUCGUAUCUUCAAUUAAGCCAUUCAAUUCUUCCAUGGACAACGGUACUAAAAUAAAUGUACCAAAUGUCUCGCAGAGCAUUAAUGUCAAAUAUCUUAAACUUCUCUACCAUCAUCUAAUCUCAAAUCUAUUAACCCUAACUUCUAUUCCUUUAAUUAUAGUUGCAUCCAUGGAAGCUUCGAAGAUGAACGUUGACGAUUUCAAUCGUCUGGGGAGCUUCCUACAGAAUAAUCUCAUCGCCGUCGCCUUCGGCUGUACUUUUCUCAUUUUCAGCCUCAUCGUUUAUUUUCUGAUCAGACCCAGACCGAUCUACUUGAUUGAUUUCUCUUGCUAUCGCGCUCCUGAUGAACACAAAGCUCCCAAGUCAAUGUUCAUGGAGCACUGCAGACAAUUCGGAAUUUUCGAGGAGUCUUCACUAGAUUUCCAGGAAAAGAUUUUGGAACGUUCCGGUAUGGGAGACGAAACGUAUCUUCCAGAAGCCGUCGGUUAUAUUCCUCCCCGGCCGACGAUUGCCCUUGCCAGAGAAGAAGCUGAGAUGGUUAUGUUUGGUGCUUUAGAUAAUCUGUUUGCUAAUACUAAUCUUAACCCUAAAAAUAUCGAUAUUCUUAUUGUGAACUGUGCUUUAUUUAACCCAGCUCCGUCGCUGUCUGCUAUGAUCGUAAAUAAGUAUAAGUUAAGGACCGAUAUCGUAACUUUCAACUUGGGUGGUAUGGGCUGCAGCGCCGGAGUUAUCGCCGUCGGGCUUGCGAAAGAUUUGCUGCAAGUUUACCGGAACUGUAAUGCAGUUGUGGUUAGCACAGAGAUUAUAACGUUAAAUUGGUAUAAAGGAAAUGAAAAAUCCAUGUUGAUUUCUAACUGUAUUUUUAGGGUUGGAGGAGCUGCAAUGCUUCUUUCUAACAAAUCUAGCGAUAAACGACGUGCGAAGUAUAAGCUUCUUCAUGUCGUCAGAACGCAUUUCGGCUCUGACGACAAGGCGUUUAAUGCUCUCCGGCAACAGCAAGACGGUGAAGGAAACGUCGGCGUUUUGUUAACGAGAGAUGUUAGCCCUAUUUGUGGUAAGGCUUUAAAAGUUAAUAUCACUAAGUUGGGUCCUUUGGUGUUACCGAUUAGCGAGCAGCUUCUCUACUUAGCAACUCUUAUGGUUAACAAGCUGUUUAAAGCGAAGAUGAAGCCGUACGUGCCGGAUUUCAAGUCGGCGUUCGACCAUUUCUGUAUACACGCCGGAGGAAGAGCGAUAAUUGACGAGCUAGAGCAGAAUUUGAAGCUUUCACCAGAAGACGUGGAGGCGUCCAGGAUGACUCUUCAUCGAUUCGGAAAUACUUCGUCAAGUUCGAUUUGGUAUGAGUUAGGGUACAUUGAAUCGAAGAAGAAGAUGAGAAAAGGAAACCGUGUGUGGCAAAUCGGCCUCGGCGGUGGCUUCAAAUGUAAUAGUGCAGUAUGGGUGGCGCUUCGAGACAUUAAACCCGCACUUAAUUGUGCCUGGAAGGACUGCAUAGAUAAGUAUCCAGUCAAUCUCGAUGAUUAAUUAGUAUUUGAAUUAGCUACUAUCACCCUUGAGUUUAUAUGAAAAUUAUUUUCUUUUUCAAAAUUUUAAAAAAAAUUAUUGUUUCCCCUAACACUAUAUUUCCAUUUAACUAAAAUCCCAUUAAAAAAUAUGGGAUUUCAGUUCUCUAAUAUGAUCUCAAAGUCAGAAAAACUUUGGUUUUUUAAAAUUUAAGGGAGAGACAAUAGUUUCAUAUAAUUUCAGGGGUGCGAUAGCAAUUUAUGGCAGUUGUUAAGUUUGUGAGAAUCACUUGGAUUACAGAGCAUGCAAUAUAGCUAGGCACCAGUGGCAGUCAUGAGCAAGCUAAUUAAGCUGAAGGCAUAGUGCAAUUAGUUGUUUUUGCUUGUUAAUUAUUGAUCCUUUUAGCCUAUUAUGUUAUGUAUUUUGUGUGAUUAAGACACUUAAUUUAUGUUCAGUGUGCUUCUUGUUCCAGUACAACAAUGUAUACCUUUACUUUUUGGUCAAUAAAAACAUAUCAAUGUUAUUAUGUUA